CUUAUGCGCAUGUCAUUCUAGCGGUUUCUCACUGUGAAAUCGAACGAGAAUUUCCAUCACUUUGAAGAAAAAGUGAAGACUUCUGUCGAAAAACCGUAUUUUAUACAUUAAACUUAAUAUUAUAUACUACUCUAAGCGUUUAAAAUGGGUGACGAAAGACUCUUGCCUCCUCCAGUUUUGUGGGCUCAGCGAAAAAACUUACUUUAUGUUAAAGUUCAGUUGGAAGACUGUAGGAACCCCACAAUAAAAGUGGAAAAAGACAGAAUAUAUUUCAAAGGUAAAGGAGGUACAGAUAAGAAGGAACAUGAGGUCACACUUGAGUUCUUUAAAGAAAUAAAACCUGAAGAAUCUAAAUAUUCUGUCAGGGACAGAGCUACGGAAUUUGUUUUAAUCAAAGCAGAGGAAGGUUUCUGGAAGAGACUUCUUAAAGAAGAUAAAAAGUUUCAUUGGUUAAAAGUUGACUUUAACAAGUGGAAAGAUGAAGAUGACUCUGAAGAUGAAGUUGAAGGAACAGACUUUGAAGAGAUGAUGCGUAAAAUGGGAGGCAUGAGUGAAAGUAGUGAUCUUAAUUAUGAUGAUGCUGUUGGGGAUAGUGAUGACGAAGAACUUCCAGAUUUAGAAUAAAAUGUCAUGGAAGGACUUCAGUUUACAGACUGUAAUAUCACAUUUAAUUUUUCUUUCAUGAAAUCACUUUUUGAUAAAAUGUUCAGAGCAGAUAUGGCUAAAAUUAAUUGUGGCAUUAAUAUUUGAUGAAGAUGUUCAUUCCAACUGAAACUGCAUGCUGUCACCUGCAGUGAGUGUGCCAAGCAUGUAUGAAAAGCUAUGCAAACUUCAGCAAUAUUUUUCUUUGUCACCAUGUAUAAUUGUUUGGCUUAAAUAAAAAUUCUGUUUGUGUAAUUUCUUUUCUGUAGCAUUUUUUAUACCUCUAUUUUUUGUAAUUUUUAAUUUUGUAGUUUGAACUUUUGUAAUGCUUAUUGGUAAACUUUGAUUGUAAGUUAGCAGUGAAUUUUCUAAUCCCUGAUGUGAAACAUGAUGUGCAGCAUUGCUAUGUUGAUACAUACUGUUAACAUAAAAAAGUAUUAUUGUGAAAUUUUUGUAAUCUCAUUAAAGUAUGAAAAUUAAAUAUCUGUUCUGUAAAAUAUAUGUAUCACUUUCAAGAUUUUUAAUGCAUGCAAGUCAUUUGCCUUCAGCCUAAAAUUUAAGUUAACAUAUUCUUGCUUACUUAGUACAAUAUCCAAAUUUUAUAUUGAACAUAUGAGCUGUUGAAGAGUUUUAUUGUAAAUUUUAUUUAAUUAGUAAAAAUUAUAUAUGUGGCAAGAUAAGACAAGUAUUGAGCAAGUUACACAGUUACCAAAAUGAAUCAAAUAUUUUCAACCUCUUAAGAGCUAAAGAAUUAAAUUUCAGAAGUUUCAUUCAUAUUUCAUUGAGUUGUAAAUGAAAGGGGAUUCCAUCAUGACUCGUAAUUUGCUUCCAGUGUAGCAUUGUCUUAAAUACUUGAUUAAUAUUUAAUUUCAUUGAAAUAUCCUUACUUUCUGUUCCUAGGCACAUGUAUAUUAUCAUUCCACAUCUUUCUCCUUUUUAUCUGAGCAGCUGUAGCAAAUAGUUACUUUUUAUGUUAUAAUGUUCAUUACAUUCUGUAACUGAAAAGUGUAAUUGCCUAUUCUUGUAUACUUAUCAAAUAACUUUGUUACGUGUAUUUAGUGAAUAAACAUGUUCAAUACUCAUAAAA